GUGGAAAUGCCAUGCCAGCACAUGUUGGACUCUCGCGUCUCUGCAUACUCGUACACUUCAUCGAGCACGUCGCAGACGAUCAUUCAACAUGACCACACAAGCAACAAGGAAAUCAGUCUCAAAAGCCCCGACAAAGAAGUAAGACCCGAGGGUUGCAUGCGAAGCGAGCGGGAAGCACCGUGCCACCAAUCUUCAGCCCAUCAUUACCCAGGCACGGCCCCUUACAGCCUCCACCCCUUUAAUUUCUCAUCCUGCAGUCCACCACCUGAUGCGCUGACCAUCCUUCUUCCCUUUGCUCUGGAAUGUGCACAGGGUUCCUCAGCCUCGGGACCAUCUCUGAAAUUAUGGAAUGAUCUGAUCUGAUCUCCUUGCCUAGAGCUACAAUGUCACUCAUUUGAAUAUCCUAGCCUUCCUUGCCGUUCACUCAUAUAUCGAGUCACUCAUUCAAUCACUGUCCAACACCGUUACUCGCUGUUACACGUCUUCACCAGACCUUUCUAGAGCUGGGAAUUACACUCUUUUACAGCAAUGGCUCCUCAGGAUGGUGUAGCGACCAUCUAUGGAGUCCCUACGAAAUACGCCUCACUCCUGACCCUCGUCGUCCAGAACUCUUCCCUUGUCCUUGUUAUGCGAUACUCCCGAAUCCUGCCUGGUCCUCGAUACCUCAGCUCUACAGCGGUUGUCCUCUCCGAACUUCUAAAGUGUUUAAUAUGCCUUACCAUCCAUCUACGCGAACAACGAUCCCAGUCGCAAUACUCAAGACUACCUACGCUUUCAGAUGAUGCGAGUACCUCGUCAAAUCAGCAUGCGUACAGCCUUCGCCAACUAUGGACGGAUAUAUUCGGCGUCAAGAGCGGGUUUCUCAAGCUCCUUGUACCCGCCGUACUCUAUACUCUACAAAACAAUCUACAAUUCGUGGCGGCCUCAAACCUCGAUGCGGCCACUUUCCAAGUGACCUAUCAAUGCAAGAUCUUGACCACGGCCUUAUUUGCAGUCCUGAUGCUUGGACAAACGCUGUCUGCAAAGAAGUGGUUGGCCCUGGUGAUUCUUACGGCUGGAGUGGCCUGCGUUCAAAUUCCAUCUUCCACCACCUCCACGACGAAGCAGCCGGGAAAUUACAUGCUUGGAAUAAUUGCCGUCGCAGUGGCGUGCUUAUGCUCCGGCUUCGCAGGUGUCUACUUCGAAAAAGUACUGAAAGGCGGGCACACCGCUUCCAUUUGGGUCCGCAAUAUCCAAUUAAGCGUUGGCUGUCUGGCCAUUGCACUAGUCGGAGCUCUCAUGUGGGAUGGUCAAGCCAUUCGCCAGGACGGCUUCUUCCAAGGAUAUAAUCCGAUAGUGGUGGUGACAAUCUGCAUCCAAGCAGCCGGAGGCUUGAUCGUGGCCAUGGUGAUCAAAUACGCCGACAAUAUCCUCAAAGGCUUCGCGACUUCCCUGUCAAUCAUCCUCUCAACCGUGGCCUCGGUCUUCUUGUUUAACUUUAUGCCGACGAUCUAUUUCUUGCUCGGCUCCAUCUUGGUAUUCUCGGCUACGUACCUUUACAGCAUGCCCGAUUCGCCGAAAGCCACUGAGGUAUCCACGAUUGAGGCCGAGAAAGGGCCUGUUGUUAAUGUCGAAGACUACGACAGCGACAACACCAGUGCCUCACAUCCCGCCCCCCAGCCGUUCAGAGAUGAAAGCGAUCUCGACUCAGGCGACGAAAAUCUCGAUGCUACCAGUAUCUACGAGCCGGAUGAUGGCAAUAAAAGUCGCAAUUAUGCGCCCUCUUUGAUUACUACACCUACCGCCGAGAAGAAGGUGUUCACCGAGCUGGGUCAUGUCGGCUAGGAACAUCGUUGCAUUUUCUGACGCAAGAUUGGGACGAAUGAUUGGCGUAGUUAUGAUUGACGGAAAUCUUAUAUCCGAACGGAACAUUCUGGGAUUGGACCUUUUCAAGACUUCAUACAGUAUGGAGCGCGGCGCACAGGACAUCUACUGUAAUAUUAUGUCGCUUUGGAUACCACGUCCUUCUAGUAUAUUGGAUGAUCGCGGGAAGAUUGGCGAUUUUAUGGAAGAUAGUCUCCGAUAUGAUUGAAGCCAGUUGGUCCGCUCGUUUCAUACAUUGCCUCGCUCAUGCAAGACACCAGCCUUAUCACAAUUGCGCAUGAUCUCCAAUGACCUUUGGCUGCACCCGGAGGGGUUUCUUCUUCUGCGGAUAGUUUCUGCGCUGUUGUAUAUAAGUGCUUCAAGGCUGGCCGUGCUGCGAUGCUGUUAUGCAGAAGGGUGUCCAUCAACAACGACACCUUCACGGCGCUAUUUCUGAUACAAACUCCCGAUGAAC